CGGAUAUUUCUUUUUUGGAAGAAAAGUGACAGAUCGGAGAGAGAUUUGUAAGUUUCUGUGCGAGUCGGCGGGGGUCACGUGCUAGGGACAGUUCCGGUUUCCGGUGAAGGAGUUGCAUGUAGGAGGUAUCCUCGCUAGAGAAAUGCGUCUCACAGCACUCCUUGCCCUCCCUUCUAAGGUGAUUAAGUUGCCCAGAGAUUACCGUUUUGGUACCAGCCGACCACCUACUGUGGCUGCUCAGAGAAAAAACCCUCCUGGAAAAAGAAGAUCUAUAAUAUUUGUGGAGCCUAUUAGUAAAGAUGAAUGGUCAUAUUUCCGGGGUGACACAGUUGAAGUACUCUAUGGUAAAGACACUGGAAAACAAGGGAAGGUGUCACAGGUUAUAAGAGCCCGCAACUGGGUGUUGAUAGAGAAUCUAAAUACGCAUUAUCGCUAUGUUGGGAGGUCCGGUCAUUACAGAGGAACAUAUGUGGCUAGUGAAGCUCCUCUUCUGGUUAACCAAGUAGCCCUUGUGGAUCCUGAGGACAGGAAGCCAACAGAGGUGGAAUGGCGAUACACAGAAGAUGGUGAGCGUGUGCGAGUGUCAUUACGAACCGGCCGGAUCAUUCCUAAACCUGUUUUUCAGAGAAGAGAUGGGAUUAUCCCUGAGCAGUGGACAGAUGGUCCUAAGGACACCUCUGUAGAAGAUGCUUUGGAGCGAACCUAUGUCCCAUCAUUGAAGACCUUUCAGGAAGAAAUCAUGGAAGUAAUGGAUAUUGUAGAAAACAGACGACACAGGAAAUCCUUCUGGUAUUAAAUGGAUUGGAGCUAUGCAGACUCACAUAUUACAGUUGAGCAUCUGAUCAGCUGUUAACAUAUAUUAGAGAUUUACAAGUCACAAUCAAGCUCUGUCCUGUUAGGUUGGUUAGGAUUACAUAUGUCUGGCAUCUUUUCCCUCUGACGCUGUAGAACAUGUACCAGAAGGAAACUGAUGCUAAAACUGAUCCCAUUCAUUUGAAUGGGACAGUUCACAUUCAUCCGGCACCAGACAGGGAAGCGCAUCUUGCUGCAUUCCCCUGUCCGAUGUUCAGAAACACUGGAUGUUGUCAUCAGUUGUGGCAUCAGUUGCAUCUAGAUUUAAACAGGCUAGAAUUACAUGUCCGUCAUAUGUAAAUCCAAAGUUUGGGGGUUAAUGUUGUCGCCUGGAUCCUUUAUUUCAUUAACCACACAAUGACAACAUUUCUUCAACCUGACCUUUUUUAUUUUUUAUUUUUAAAGAAUUUGGUUACUGUAUUAUAUGUCUACAUCACAAUAAAAUGUAAAGGUGUUCAGUUAA